GCCGCUCGCCCCAAGCCCAAAAUCCCUCUCUCUCUCUCUACACCGUCGGUCUCGUCCCUCUCUCGCUCUACGCCUCGCGGGCCUCUGCGACAAAAACCCUAGAUCCAACCCCGCCAUAGUUCGCCGGAGCUCGGCCGCCGAGCUUCGCCCCCCUCUUAUCUGAUCGGACCUCGCCUGCCGUGACUCCUCGUCAAGUCCUCUCUCUCUCUCUCUCUCUCUCUUCGCAGGUAAAAAUCCCUAAACCCUAAUUUUGUUGUCUUAUUUGCUCCCCCCUAGCUUCUCGCGCUUCCCUUUUCUCUGUGUUCGCUGUAUCUUCAAUUGAUUGUUGCGCUGCCUUAUUUCUUCGCGCUUUAUGUUUUUCGUAUUCGUUGCGGGAAAGCUCUCUGGGCGGGAGUUCCUGGCGUUUUCCGGGGAGUCUUAUUGGCUUCCUUCUUGGUUGUUCUAUUCGGCUAUUCAAAAUUGUUUGGGGAUGCCGAUGUUUUUGUGGGUUUUUUCUUUGGUACUCGUCGUCCGCAUAUUUGCUUCCCCGGCGACUCGACUUUCAGGGAUUUGUUUUUGGGUUUCGGCGUCGGGAGGCAUGAGGGCGGUGUGUGAAGUUGCCGCUAUUGCCUUCUUCUACGUUUAUAUGGUGUUGUAGUGCUAUUCACUGAGCUGGGUCGACGACUCGAUUGCUAAAACUCGUCAAUUAUGGGCCUACCUGAUAAGACAUAGUCUCAUAGACAUAACAUUCCAAAGGCCCAUCUAUUGUCGAGUUGUAUAGCAAAAGUCUAUAGCUUUCUCUCUGUUUGCUCUCCACUCUUAGACAGGCCUAAGUAGUAACUAGUAAGUAGUACCAUACUGUUCCUUCCAUGGAUGCAUCGGAAUCUCUUUUCCUUGGUUGUUUAUCAGGUGUUCAAUAUUAUUGUUCUGGUGUUUUAAAUACGUGCUAAUGUUUUUCUGGUUUUUUGGUGUUGCUUGAUUGAUUGGCCAGUGAAAGUGGCUUUGGAGAAAAGAUGGAAAUCCCCGAAGAGAAGUAUGAGCUGACACCCGUGGACAAGAAUGUUAAGCCAGCAAGGCGAAGGAAGACAAAGUCCCGUGUCUGGAAUUACUUCACAGUCGAGAGCGUCAGCUCGGAGUGCAAAAGGGCGUUCUGCAACACCUGCAGGAGGAGCUUUGCUUACAGCACGGUACAAGAGAAUGGCAGCACGAAAGUAGCCGGUACUAGCCACCUCAAGCGCCAUCUCGAGAAGGGAACCUGUGGAGCCACAACAGGGCUCGAUAACAAUAACGAAGGCGAUGGUGAUCAGACUACUCCUUUUACUCCUUCAACCAGGACUCGUCGGACCAAAGCCAAUAGUGCGUCUGGUGCAAGUACAGGGGUCAGCGAGUCGAGAAAGCGCCGCUACAGAUCUCCUGCCUACACGGCGGUGUUCAAUCCUGAUAUCUGCCGCCAUGACAUUGCUCGAAUGAUCAUCAUGCACGAUUACCCUCUUGACAUGGUCGAGCAUCCUGGGUUUCAAAGUUUCGUCCAGAGUCUUCAGCCACAGUUUGGUGCAGUCAGCUUCAAGACCAUCCAUGGAGAAUGCGUCGCAUCUUACUUGAGUGAGAAGCAAAAGGUGACGAGGUUGAUUGAUGCGAUGCCAGGGCGAGUCUGCCUUUCUCUUGACAUGUACAUGUCGAGAAACAGCGUGGGUUACGUGUUCAUAACGGGCCACUUCACCGACAGCAAUUGGAAGACCCAAAAGUUGAUUCUCAAUGUUGUCCUCGAACCAUAUCCUGAUUCGCAUAAUGCCCUCAGCCAUGCCGUUGCUUGUUGUCUCUCCGACUGGAGGUUAGAAAGCAGGCUCUUUUCCCUCACAUUGAACCAUCCAGUGCCUGAAGCAGGGCUGGAGAAUCUCCGGUCUCAUCUAUGCGUCAAGAAUCCACUCAUACUCAACGGUCAGCUCUUGCUCGGGCAAUGCAUCUCACAGACUUUCACCGCCAUGGUCAAUGACAUGCUGUCUGCGGGACGUGACAUCAUUAAGAAGAUCCGUGACAACAUGAAGUACGUCACCACUUCGCAGAACCACGUGGACAUUUUCGUUGAUCUCAAGCGGCAGCUUCAGGUCCCCGGCGAGGUACGUUUGUUCCUUGACGACCAGAGUCAGUGGAACACGACUUAUCAAAUGCUAGUGUCUGCUUCAGAUCUAAAAGAAGUCUUCUCUUGCUUGGACAAUGUUAUUCCUGAAUACAAACUAGCUCCGAACAUGGAAGAUUGGAAGCAGGUUGAAAGCAUCUGCACGUACUUGAAGUCUCUCUCCGAUGCAAUGAACUUGCUCGUCUCUUCCCCUUGCCCUCCUGCAAUCACACUGUUCCAGGAGGCGUUUAGCAUCCACGCUAAGAUUGCUUGUGCAGCAACCAGUGGCGACCCGUUCGUCUGCAGCUUCAUCAAACCGAUGCAGGACAAGAUAGAGAAGUACUGGAAGGAAUGUGGGUUAGUUCUCGCGAUUUCUGUAGUCAUGGAUCCACGCUUCAAAAUGAAGCUCGUGGAAUUCAGCUUCUCCAAACUCUUCGGAGAGGAGUCUCCUCUCUACGUUAAGAUGGUGGAUGAUGGGCUCCACGAGCUCUUCGACGAAUACCUAACGCUUCCUCUACCGCCAUCGCCAGCUUACAGUGUCGAUCAUGGGAAUGUUGAUCGAGCGGACGAGCAAAACCAGGGAGGCAAUCUUUCUGAAUACGGGCUGGCAGAUUUUGAUAUGUACAUCAUGGAGACGACAAGCCAUCAGUUGAAGUCGGAGAUGGACCAGUAUCUGGACGAGAACCUCGAGGGGCGGAGCUCCAAUUUCGACCUGCUGGAAUGGUGGAAACAGAAAAGGUCGAAGUACCCGACGCUGUCGAAGAUGGCGAGGGAUAUCUUGAGCAUACCUGUGUCAACUGCCUCGCCCGAAUUGGUGUACAGUACCAGGCCAAGGGAGCUGAGCCCGCAUGCAAGGUCAGAGACUUUGGAGGCGCUUGUGUGUACUAAGGAUUGGUUGCAGCAUGGGUUGCCGGAAGAUUUCGCAGGAUUAGACAGCUUGGUGGUGUCGGAUCUUUCGAAUCCUGCCUUGAAAAUGGAGUUCUAGGACUAGGAUACUUCUCUAUGGUUGUCGCAUCAAAUUUUCACAGACCUUGGUAUUGGGGUAGGGUGGUAUUUAUUUGCUUUCUUUUGGCAUUUUCUUCUAGGUAUUUUAGUAGGAAAUUCAUAGUCAUUAGCUCAUGAUCGGUUAGGCUAACUGUUUCUCAUUUCGAUUUACUAUUAUUGUACCAUUGGGAUGGAAUUGAAGAAGGAAGUUGAUGGAUUUGCUUGGACAUGGUACCUAAUUAUGGCUUCUGUUACGUGCUUGUGUACAUUAACAUAAUCUGUCAACAUAAAUUUCUCAAGGACCCAAAAGGAGCAAAAUCAACAAGUAUUUGAGAAUUGCUGUUCUGUAUUCUAGCUUGAGUUUCGUGUUUGCAACAUCAAGUGGAAGACUGGAUCAACAAGUAUUUGGGAAUUGCUGUUUUGUGACAUGGCUUGAGCAUGGGAUCCAAUGUUGCAGGCGAAUUUGGUCAUAAAAAUUCGACGAAAUCAGCAGUUCAGAGAGGCCAGAUUCCCCUAGCUUGCUGUUGCGUUUUCUUCAAUUGUUCUCUUUAUGAUACUGCUAUACCUUCCUCUACAUUAUCAUUCUACCACUAAUCUCUCUUUUGCAGCGAUCUGUCUCCUACUUCUGCAAAAUUAGGAAGGGUCAUCAGCCAGUGUAUAUAGGAACCGUUCCAGGGACGAAAUCUUAUUCUGAACAAUAUCACCCAGAAUAGGAUGUUAACUUGUCAUAUCAUGGAGUUACGUUUUAUGAUUACCUUGUAGGACACAGGCAGCAUACUUCAGAAAGAAAUAUGUCCCUGUUCUCCUUCAGUGCUGGAUUUUCUUUUGAGGUGUUCCUUCAUCACAUGAACCUACAUUGCAGAUAAGAGAGAACACUGUUCAAUAACAAGAAGAAAGCAGGCUUCAAGUGUAAUCAUCUUAUCUUAAGAAAUGAACCCAGGCAUAAGCAGACAGAUACACACUGAGGAAUCCCAGCAUAAACAUACGAACUGCACCAUUCUAGUGUGCACGGGAUACAUCUUGUUCUGCAAGCAGUUUUCUACCAUCCUUCGCUUGUUCCAAGUCUUUCAAUGAACCCAUAGCAGCAACAGUCUUGUGCUGAUCGGAAGGGAGCUUGUCCGAAAGCCCUUAAAUGAAGUAUAUUAUAACAGCCGUCAAUAUUUCAAGAACCUGCGAAAUUAUAAUUGGUCAAGGGAGGGCAGAAGAUUCAAAGGUGGCUGUUGGCUUUAGCAUUUUGAUUCAUUUCACAAGUUUAAGUGUUAAAUUUUUCUGCAUUACUACUAAACAAGGACAUGCCUGAUAAUUUUGUUUGAUUAGGUUGUGCAGUCUUUAGCUACCUCUAUAACUCAUGCCACUAUUUCAUAUGCCAGUCCAGGUACUAUAUGUAUGAAUUAUUACCCUAAAUCAUUUUCGUCAAUGCUCACCUCAUUACCUGAUGUGGCAGGAUAUUCUUGGA